AUGGCUGGAGGCGUCAAGAAACCCGUCAACAUCUUCAAAUUGAAGGAUUUGGGAGAGCCCAAGAACGUCUUCAAUUGGCGAUUAUGGUUCGCCGUCAUCUCCUUUGGUCUCCUCGGCGCAGCCCGGGGAGUUGACGAGGGUCUCAUCUCGGGCGCGUUCGGUUCCAAGGAUUUUCAGAGGACAAUCAACUAUUCUUCAUAUAGCGAUAUCGAGAAGACUAAUAUUAAGGCUAAUGUAUCCUCUAUGGUCCAGAUUGGCUCUGUUGGCGGUGCUUUGUUCGCCUUCGUUAUUUGCGAUCGCAUCGGUAGAAUAUGGGCUACACGCCAGCUCUGCGUCUUAUGGAUUUUGGGUAUUGCAAUCUUUAUGGGCAAUGGUGGCAAUCUUGGAGCUGUUUACGCCGGACGAUUUAUCGCAGGUCUCGGAGUUGGCCAGACCCCUGUUGUUGGUCCUAUUUACGUAUGUCAGAACUUACUUUCAUCCUCCAUCUUCCAUUUAAGAAUCGUCUUUUCGAAUCUUCCUAUGUUGGCGAUUAUUAGGAGACCUUCCAGGAUCAUUGCCGAAAUUGCGCCAGCCUCCAUUCGUGGCCUGUGUACUUGUAUCUUCACUGGUUUCGUGUAUGUAGGCAUUGUCCUCGCUUACUUCACCAACUACGGUGCCCAAAUCAACCUAGGCGAUUCUACUCACGUUCGAUGGCUCGCACCUACAAGCUUGCACAUCAUUUUUGCUGGGCUCAUUUUCAUUUUGACGUUUUUCCAGUAUGAGUCGCCACGUUUCCUCAUCAAGCAGGGAAAACAUGACGAAGCUACUGAGACAAUGGCUCACAUCCGCCAUUUGGCAGUGGAUGACCCCUAUGUUCUCUCGGAGAUACAGGCCAUUAGGACCGCACACGAGGAAGAACUUGAAGCUACCAUGGGAUCUAGCUGGUACGGAGUCUUGAAGGAGAUGUUCCUAAUCCCUAGCAACCUCUACCGCCUAUACCUUAGUGCUAUGGUUCAGUUUCUGUCUCAAUGGUCCGGGGCUGGGUCUAUCACCUUAUACGCGCCCGAUCUUUUCAAAAUCCUCGGUAUCACUGGCCAGAACGAGUCCCUUCUAGUCACCGGCGUAUUCGGUAUCGUCAAGUUCGUGUCGGCCGUCAUAUGGAUAACAUUACAGGCAAUUGCCAUGAUUUAUGUGGCUGGGUUUCUGACGGCGGUCCCGGAGCUGGGAGUAGACGAGAGUUAUGUGCUACCAGCAGCUGAAGCAAGUGCCAGUCGUGGCGCUAUCGCCAUGAUCUAUAUAUCAGGAUGCGGUUGGGCACUUGGCUGGAACUCGAUGCAAUACCUCCUAACGGCAGAGCUUUUCCCUUUGCGCAUCCGCGCCCUUUCUACUUCUAUCGUGAUGACGCUACAUUUCGCAAACCAAUACGGCAACUCACGCGCUGUGCCUAAUAUGCUACUGCCCACAGCCCAGGGAGGUAUUUCGCCCAUGGGUACAUUCUGGUCCUUCGCGGCCAUUACCAUUGUUGGUGGUCUAUGGGUCUGGUUUUUCGUCCCUGAGACUGGAGGCCGUUCACUUGAAAGUAUGGAUCGUCUGUUUGAACUGCCAUGGUAUAAGAUCGGGCGUCGCGGUAAUGCGGAUGCUGACCUCAAAGACGAGGCCUUUAAUGAGAAGGCGGGUAUGGGCGGCGGAGGUAGAUCAAGUCGAAGUGGUCGAUGA